AAGGUGGGCAAGCCGGGAAGCGGUCGACACUCGUGAUGAAGUCCCCCAACACACAAGCAAGGGCCACUUGCCGUGCUCAUCUCUCUUUCGGCUUUUUUUUAUUUUCCCUUUUUCUGCACACACAUUCCAUCUUCAGGAGAUCUAAAAGGCAUGUGUUGUGACAAUUGAAACGGGAAAUGCAUCAUGUGUGGUGAUACGCUCUUUUUUUUUGAGAUGUUUUCGCCCUGAGCUUCCGAGCGUCAAAGGAAAAAAAAAAACAAGUACACAAAUUGUUGAACAUUACCAGCGCACGCACGCUCGGCUACUAUAUAAUGCGUGUUUAAUCUACUCCCCCCUUCCUUCGCUCUGCCCCCAAAAACCGACCCCACAAAACACACACGCACGCGCAAUUCCGGGGAGGUUUUGAUUGGAAAAACCUCUGUCUUUUUUUUUAAUCCGCACUGCCAUUGCUGCCAUUUGCCUCUUUCCUCGCGUCUCUACCAGCAACCCGUUAUAACAUUUCACCGGAAAAGUCAUUUCCCUGGCAUUUUGUGAGCCCCUCAUGCAAGCACAUCGACACGACUUUCCGCUGUACGCUCCUUCCAAAAUAAUGCCUUGCCCCGACGAAUUUGAAGACUUUUUCGGAUCCUUGCCCAACGAUUACGUGAUGGACGACCUCAAUAUGGCUUAUUCUCAGCCUUCUUUCGAUCCUGAGCUCUUGAUGCACACUAUCCCACUGACGUUGCCCACCAUGUCAUCAUCGGGUUAUGUCCCAUCCCCCGCUCUCUCCACCACAUCCCUGUACGUCAACGCAUCUAUAACCUUACCGCAGCAAUAUACUUGCCAGCCUCUGCCAUCAAGCAUGAUAUUUUCCAACAGCUUUCCGUCUCCUCCAAAUCCUCCAAGUGAUCAUGAACGCAUUCUAUCGCCGUGCACCAUGUACGACGCGGUUGACAGCCCCCCGUCACCAGCCAGCGAUGCCAGCGGCGGUAUGCCAGAUAUCCCACUUUAUGCAGAAACCGCGUCAGACCCGAAAAAGCUGGGCAUUGCCGGCGCCCCUCCCCCGCGAGGAAGGAGCAAAAAGACGUUUCCCUGUACAGUUUGUGGAAGGAGAUUCACGCGGAACUAUAACUUGAGAGAGCACAUGCAAGUCCAUGACUCUGUCCGUGUUCGUCGUUUCCAUUGCACAGAAUGUCCUCGCUCUUAUUUCCGUAGUGCCGACCUCUCUCGUCACCGGAAAUCCCAGCACACACCACCCAUCCUCCUCUGCAUUUGCGGUGCUGCAUUCCGCCGUACCAGUCAAGCACGCAAGCACCAAAGUGAGUGCGUGCGAGCACUUGUGGCGAGAGAUCAGUCUGAUCUUCCAAAUUGAAAGUCAGCACCAUUCACGGACGAUGUCGGGCUGGGCUGUAAAUAGUGGACCUCUCACACACACAUGUUUGUUUAUCCUUGUUAGCCAAACCCCAUCUCUCUUUUCUGUAUAUACCGUGCCCAUGUGUUCAUAGCGGGGUUUUGGAGAGUUUUUGUAGUGUGAUCCCUUAAUAAUGAUUUCCCUUUCAUUCUUUGUA